UUCCAAAAACGGAUUUAGUGUUGUUUAACUCCAGAAUAUAAGGCUGAAAGUGACGAACAAUUGACUUGAAGCCGAUUUUAUUUUUUUUGUUGCAGUGAAUUUUAUUUCCUCAGUUUCCCCCUGUUCUAUAUAGGAGAUGAGUGACGUUUUACGCGUAGAAUUUAAAACUGACUGUAACUUUUUUGUUUAGAUAACAUGUGGAAAGGUUUGCUGGUGUCUACUACAAUUAUUUUUUGUGGAAUAAUUUCUACAGAGGCCAAGUGCACACUUGACAACAUUAAUUUUUAUCCCGAGGGAGCUUAUUGGAACCCGGUCCAAGACACCCAAAAGAUCGGCGCGGGCUGUGUCAACUGUACCUGUUUAAACAAAACAAUUAGUUGUAGUAAACAAGACUGUCCAAUAUUAGACUGUGAAGUGCCUCGAUAUCCCGUGGGAGCUUGUUGUCCCGUCUGCGAAGAUCUAACAAACAUCAUUCCUACAGUGGCCCCGGUAGAUGAAGGGGAGGCGGGGGACAAGGACCGGAAGUGUGAGUUUGAGGGGCGGAUCUACGAACACAACCAGUUCUUCUCUAACAACAACACCCACAUAACACCCACCCGCUCCAACCAGUGCGUUAACUGUAUAUGUCAGUCCGGACAAAUCUACUGCUAUCUGAAGACGUGUGACAUCACUCCCGGAUGCAGCAAGUUUUACCAGUCUCCAGACACCUGUUGUCCAAUUUGUGUCGAUAGCAAAACAAAAGGAAAAAAUCUACAAAAAAAGAAACCGGAAGAUUGUACAGAUGGUUAUGGAAAGCUGAAAGCAAACUCCACAUCGUGGCACCCGUAUGUUGCAGAAAAAAUUGACAAUUGUAUCACCUGUACUUGCCUGAAUGGCGCAGUUACAUGUGAGAGACUGAAAGGAAAAUGCGAAAAAACAAAAGAUGACAACGAGGACAGUAAGAAAAACAGAAAAAAGACCAAGAAGAAAAAGAAGAAAGGUCUCUGUAAAAAGAAAAGUAGGAAGAAUAGAAAAAAUAAGAAGAAAAACAGAAAGACACCUAGAAAUGGGCGAAGCAAGAGAAAAGGUAAAAGGAGAAGGAAAAACAAAAGGAGACAAAGAAAAAGAAAAAAGAACUGUGUCAAAGUUCAGCACAAUGUGACAAUGUCUGACAAACUGUGCCCAGCUCUUCCGGCGCUCUCGUCGCCGCCAGAUGGCGCUCUGUCGUGUCAUUAUAAUAAUUUAUGCUUACCAGCAAAGACUGAGUAUAUCAUUUACCGGAAGCAGAUAUCCAACGGAAGUAAUGGUGAUGGUACUUUAAUUAUAGCAUUUGAUCAUGUGAAAACCCAGACGGUGGAAAUAUGGACAUAUGUCAUCAACAAAGAUAAGAUCAAGGAGAGACAGGAGUUGGCCAAGUGCCCGUCCCCCUCCCUCAGAGCCCAGCUUAAGACCCCGGACGCCAUUUUGGGCGCCGCCAGUGCAAAGUCGGUAAAAGACUUCCAAAGAAAAUUACGAAGGGGACUGAAAGGCUGUGAGCAGAAAAAGAAGGGAUGCCGCUUACGGACAGUGCGCAGACACGUGAUCUGUUUUGAACUUGAAGAGAUUGAUGUUCCAAAGUGUCAAAACUAAACAAAACCAAAUCGAAAACACAAACUAUGAUUUAAAGGUCAAGUGAUAAGCAGAGCAUGCGCAUGAACUCCGAAUUGUGGAUUGUACAAAACCACGUGACAUGUGAUAUGAAGAGGGUGUUGAUUGUACACUUGUUUACCUUAAUGACUUGUGCCGUUAUUGCUUGUUAAUUUAAAAUCUGUUAAAGGUCGGGUAAAUGACACUAUUAUAGUUUCUGUGGAAAUGUUUCGCUGUUAUGUUUUCUACUUUGCAUAUUUCAUGUUGAUCAUUGUAUCAAACCUCCAUUUGUAAUCAUUGGUUAUUCAUGACAUUAAAUUAAUGAUGCCAAUUCCAAAGCCGGUCUUGAUACUUUUAGUUAAUGGCUUGUACAGGUAGUAUCUACAGAAGUUUAUCUCUACAGAAGUUUAUCUAUAUGAAGAGGAAGCUUCUUGUUUGAACUCAGCGCAGCUUGCCCUUGGGAUUUGUAGUUUAAUACACUUCUAACAAGUUACCACGAGAUUUGACCUCACACAUAUACACACACACACACACACACACACACUUUCUUUGGAAUACGUUAAAAAUGUAUACAUUUGUGCAUGAAGUGAAGUCAACACAAACAUGUUGUUUAGAUUUGUUAGUGGUCUAUUACAAUAACUUAGUACACUAUCUCAUAGUAGGAGGCCUUGAAUCUAGAUGUAUUACUACUAGUAUUACAUUAAUCCUUUAAUUCGAUUAAUUUUUUUCAUCAACUACAGAUAUUUGCAAAAGAAAUCAUAAAUCUGCGCAUUCAAAGGAAAUUUUGGGGGUAUAUUUUGUUUCACCAUGUCCGUCUGUCUCUAGACGCAACUUUGUCCCCCCCAUGAGAAUUUUUUACGACUGCAUGGAACAGUCUGAAAAUUUGUACAUAUGUUGAACACCAUCUGAAGAUGUGCACCUGCAAUGUUUUUUGAAGAUCAGACAAGAUUUAAUGAUUUUAUGACAGUUUUCAUUUUCCUCAUUCUAUAUAUUGUACACUGAUGUUGAAAAGUAAGGGAGGUAAUCCUUACAAAUUUUAUUAGUUAAUUAAUAGUUUUAAAACACUUUAAAAUAUAUUUAUAUAAAUACAUCCAGAUUGAGA